UGCUGUCGGUCUCUAGCAUGAAACGUGUUAAAAGCUUUGCUUUUCUUUUUUUUCCAACCUAAUAUGUAAUAUUGCCAUCUUUCCGAUUUUAAAAAUUAUUUUAUAAAAAAAUUAGGUAGAACAUUUCCAACGUUACGUAUCAUGGCUCCGGGUGACAAAAAAGGACAACAGAAGGACGCUGGUAAGAAGCCGACUCCAGGUGCUAAACCAGCAGCAGGCGGAGCUGCCAAACAGUCCGACGCUGGUAAGAAGAAAGCUCCCGCAGCCGAAGGUCCCAAAAAGGAGAAUCAACCACCAGCAGGCGCUAAGAAAGCGCAACAGCCCGCCAAAGCAGCCGAACCAGCGAAAAAACCUCAAGCCGGCGGUGCCCAGGCUCAGCCUCCGAAAGGCAAACAAGCUGCUCCUCAACAAGGCCAAAAGAAGGAACAGCCUCAAAAACAAGCCGCCGGUGAUGCUAAGAAGAAGGCCCAACCCGAAGCUGUCAAACCCGCUGCUGCCAAGAAAGGGCCCGUGAAGGAGGAAAAGAAACCUCAAGAUGCACCGAAAGGUAAGAAAGCUGACGCGCAGGGAGCCAAAUCCGCUCAAGAUAAGAAACCUAAACAAGAACCGGCCAAAGCGAAAAAAGAAGCGCCCGCUAAACAGUCCGUGAAAGAACCUGCUCAGGCCCAAAAACGUAAAGCUGACGCAGCUCCGGCCAAGAAAGAUGAGAAGAAACCGGCGGCUCAACCGGCUAAAGACGCUAAAGGUCAGGCUCAGAAAAAGGCACCGGCUGCUGCUCCAGCUUCUGCUGAUGCCAAAAAACGAAAAAGCGAACCCGCUCAGCCUGCUAAGAAAGAAGAACCGAGUAAGAAACAGAAAGCUCAACCUGCUGCGGCUUCCGCCAAAAAAGCCCAAGAUUCUAAAGCUGCUCCCGCCCAAGCUGGCAAAAAACCCGCCGCUACUCCGGCUCAACCUGCUGCUCAGAAGAAACCCGCUGCUGCCCCUGCUCCUGGAGCUCCGGCCGCCAAAAAACCAGCACCAGCUCAAGCCGCUGCUAAGAAACCCGCUACCGCCGUCAAAAAACCUGCUCAAAAAGCAGCUCAACCGAAAAAAGUUAGUCCAUCUGGUAUUUCGAAAGCGAAAACUCAAUUGCGAGGUAAAGGCCUUAAAAAGAAGAAGGUUACUCUCAGAUUCGGAGUCGAUUGCACCCAUCCCGUUGAAGAUGCCAUCAUGGAUAUUAAUAAUUUCGAAAACUUCUUAACAGAAAGGAUAAAAGUUAAUGGUAAAACGAAAAACUUUGGAAAUGUGCUAACUAUUGAAAAAACCAAAACGAAAAUAUACGUCAAUGUCGAAGUUCCCAUGUCGAAAAGGUAUCUUAAAUAUCUUACGAAAAAAUAUUUGAAGAAAAAUAAUUUAAGAGACUGGUUGAGAGUAGUCGCAAGCGAUAAAGAAUCGUACGAGCUUCGUUACUUCCAAAUUAAUAAUCAAGAUGAAGAAGACGAAGAAGAGAACGAUUAAUUUAAUGAUGAGCAACAUUUUAUGUAAAUUUUAUAUAAUAACGUUAAUUAAAAGUUAUUUGACAA